AUGCGCUUUCAUGUGUUGACACUCUUUCCAGAGGCCUUCGAGGGCCCCGUCCGGCAUAGUAUGCUGGGCCGUGCCAUCCAAAGAGGCCUGCUCUCUGUCCAGAUAAUCGACAUCCGCUCCUACACUCAUGACAUCCACGGUACCGCCGACGAUUACCAGUUUGGCGGAGGGCAUGGGAUGGUGCUCAAACCCGAACCCAUUUUCGACGCCGUUAGCGACACGCUCUCGCCCUAUCCGACCCGUGAUCGUCAUGCGUUUCCUGUAGUACUGUUGUCACCCCAAGGUCGAAAGUUGGACCAGCAACUGGUGUUGGAAUUGGCUACGGCCCCGGGGCUGGUCUUGAUCUGCGGACAUUAUGCGGGGGUGGACGAAAGGGUGAGAACUCACCUGGCGACCCACGACAUCAGCAUCGGCGACUACGUGCUGACCGGCGGAGAACUGGCGGCAAUGGUAAUAAUUGAUGCAGUAUCCCGGUUUACGCCCGGAGUGGUAGGUGCGGCAGACAACGUGCAGGAAGACUCUAUUACCUCUGGGCUGCUCCAGCAUCCACUCUAUACCAGGCCAUCGGAUUUUCACGGGAUGACCGUGCCAGACGUUCUACUCUCAGGCCACCACGCACAAAUUGACCGUUGGAGACGCGAGGAAUCGCUCCGGCGCACCCUGGAAAACCGUCCCGACCUGCUGGACUCCGCUGACCUUUCGCUUACGGACCGGGCAUUUCUCGCAGGUUUGGGUUAUGUCGGCAUUUCUUCGUUGCUGGAUGAUGGGUUCGAGUCCCAAGAAUAG